CUGAGACUCAAAUUAUACAAGACUACGCUAAAACCAUUUCUAUACUAAUUUUACCACAUCCAUGUCGAGAUACCAAAACAGUUGCCGCUUCGUGCAGUCUCUUGGAUUGAAAUACCCCAUCAUCCAAGCUCCAAUGGCUGGGGUUAGCACGGUCCAGCUUGCCGCCACCAUUACAAACCAUGGUGGUCUUGGCUCGAUUCCUUUGGGUGGUGUUGACUUUACCACCACAGUAGGCCCAAUUGAAGAUUUGUUGAAAAGCUUCCAGUCUCUUGUGCCUAACCCUGACUUGCACAGAAAUGUCAACUUGAACUUCUUCUACCACGAAUACAAGUCUGAUCCCAGUUGCGGAGAGACUCCACCCCAGAAACGAAAGGUUGAGAACUGGGUUAGUUUGGUGAAUAAAUCCUUGCUGGGACCGGAUCGGAUUUCUGGGGAUUUGGUGUCGGAGAUCACCACCACUAGCAGAUCGCUUCUUGCCGCUCGGUCCAAACACAAGAUGGAGGCCGCAGUGCUAGCUCUCUUGGCCCACUACCAACCAAAAGUGGUCAGCUUCCAUUUUGGCUGCCCUGAAAAGGAAUUCAUUGGGAAAUUGCAGGGUUUAGGGAUUGCGGUCCACGUUUGUGCCACAACACUUGCCGAAGUCGAUGUCUUGUUGAACGCCGGUGUCGAUGCAAUAUUGUGCCAGGGUGAUGAGGCGGGUGGCCACAGAGGUAGUUUUGAUUUGUCCAACGGCACGGAAAAUCUCUCGACGUUUGCGUUGACCCAGCUAGUACUCGGUAAGGUCAACGGCUUAAGGCUUCAGAACCCCCCUGUGGUUAUCGCAGCGGGAGGAAUCAUGGAUGGGACAGUCAUUGAAUCUCUUCUUUCCUUGGGAGCUGGCGGCGUCAUGAUGGGUACUGCUUUUCUCAGAACGCCUGAAUCAAUAGUUAGCAGGACUUUUAGCAAGCAGGUUGAAGGGCUGUACACGGACACCAUUAUCACGCCGCUUGUGUCGGGUAGACCUGCGAGGUGUUUGAAAACACUGUUCGUGUCGAGCUUAGAGAGGGAAUACGCCAACCUUAGUGACAAAGAGAAGGGUUUGCCAGAUUACGUGUACCGCUAUGUGAUGUAUAAAAAGAUUUUGGCCCAUUUGCCGAACCAAGAUGGGAGGUAUGGGCUUCAUCUUACAGGCCAGGGAUAUCCUUUUAUUCGAAGCGGGUUGAAUGCCCAGCAAGUAUUUGGGGAGCUAACCGAGGAAUUGGAAGCUCGGGGAUGGAAGCUCGGGGUGGAUAGUAUAAACGAGCUGCCUAAAGUUCAGUAAGCUGUCUGAACGCAUAUGUGUAUUGGUCAGAACAUCAUAGCAGUUUUGGAUGGUACCAAACGUUGGUAUUUACUAGUUGUGAUAUAUCUAGUAGGUAAUAGUGGAUACUGUUAGCUAGCUAAAAAGAGGAUACUUUUCAUAUGUAAGAUAUACACAAGAGAAGGGUAGUCAGUGGCCCUAUAUACAGAGGCGGGUACGAUGCCAAGGUAUUCGCUUAUCGGAGGUAAGAAGGUAGUGGACUCCGACUUUCGUCUGGUUAAAUAGUACCUUUACUGCACUGGCGAGAGAAAGUAAUACAAAGGUA